CAAAAAACAUGGACAGUAAAGAGAUAUUGGAGUCGUACCUUGAUAGAGAUCUGGCAGAGGUGCUUGGAGAGAAGGGGUUGCAAAACAUCAUUGCGACAGAAACUGAACAACGGCUUUCUGAAACAGAGACGGAAAUUUUGACGGCUUUGAUACAACGAAGACACAAUGAGAUUGCAAUGGAGAGAAUUAGAAAAAAUGUGUCUUUAUUAUUAUUCAAAAACGUUUUUGAUGUUCAACAGACGGUUUUAGACAACGAUUAUGAAAAUGAUAGUGAAGUUGAAAAUUUUGUAUGUAGACUAGAAAAGAUAUACAGUAGAUUGGAGGACAAAUGCUUGUCUUUGGAGGUAGAGAAGGAUACUGAAAUAGAUAAACUUGAGCAAUUGGUGAAGGAAUUUUCAGAAAGUGAUGGACUUUUAUUCAAUGAAAGUGAUCCUUUAGAUGCUGUAACUCAAGAAAUCAACCAAUAUAAUACCACCAUGUUGAAUAAACCUUAAGAUUUUUACGUUCCCUACACAUAUAUAGAUGGGUCAAUGUCCUCAACUUCAUUUGCUAGCUGCUCGUCCAAAUAUUGGAAUGCUUCGAAUUUCCAGUUCAAAACGCAUGAUAAGUGGAUCAUUUCUCUUUUUCCACUGUUUUUACCAAUACCACCAGUUUUGAGUGAAGGUUUCAAGUAAACCAACUGGGAUAUACGUGAGUGGACAAGUCCCAUCGAACACAUGGUGCAUGGUUCAUGGGAUGUGUAGACAUGGUACUUGAAGCAGAGAUAGUUGUUUGCUUUAGGGUCCUCUACUUUCCGUUCUUGACGUCUAGCUAGUUCAAGGUCGGCUAUCUCUGCUAUUCCGUCCAUCACCGUAUGUUUUAUCGGAUCUGACGCACAUCUUUCGUCAAUCCUAAUUGACUUUAUAACAUCUUUUGAUGGAUCUACGAAAAUGCUGACAACUGGGCAUUU